AUGAGCCAGAAUGUCCGCCCACAUCGGUGCGCAGGCUCUUGUGGUUCUGAUGCCCUGUGCUUGCAGCAGAGUUUUGAGUUGCCUGCUGAGAGCAAGUGGGUUGGUUUAAACAGCAGCCUCAAUUGUUUGGGACGGCAUGCGGGACAAGGGCACGCUGGCCCAUGCCUUUUGCCUGCCUUACAACACUUGCAACCAGCAACUAAGCACUCAAGGGAUGAGCGUGAGCGACGUCGCAAGGACAGAUGGGCAAAACGGGCGAGAUCUAGACCAAGCAAGCCGCUCAGCAAGUCAAGGCCAAAACCAAGGUCCACUGAGAUCUGUCAAAGUGAAAGUGAGAUCCAAGACCUUCGUCGACCAAUUAGCUCACUAAGCGAGCUGUCGCUUCCAUCGCCAAGACGGGAAGAAGACGAUGACAUACUCUCGGCCUCUGCGGUUUUGAGGGCAGCUCUCACUGGGAGCUUCCUGGACUUGGAGGACGAGAGCGUGGAAUUAAGGGCUUCAGGCCCACCAUAUGCUUGGAGCCCUUAUUCAAGCAGCCAAGAUGAAAAUGACGAUUCAAAACAAGCCAGCUCCCCUCAGUCCAGGGAUGUUGACCAGUACAACCAUUCGGCAACCAAAUUGAUGCGCGGUGCCAAUCCAAAGGACAGAGUGCCCUUAAGUACACUGCAGCUGCUUGAAGCCGAGGUGGCAAGCCAUGGGAAGUCUGAUGGCUACCAGUUGCCGAGUGACAGAAGUGACCGGCUACCCUGCAUUGAAGGAGCUGGGGAGGCCGCGCGCCUGGACGGGAAGCGAGAGACUCGAAGCAACGCAGGCCACCCAGAUGUCUGGAAUGCUCCUGUGGAGGAUGCAGAAGCAAAGGCAUUAAAGGGUCGGCCAGAUGGCCCCGGCCGGCUGCCGUCGUAUUUGAGACCACGUCAGGCUCCUGAGGUGCAGAAGCUGCAUUUGGGCCCUGAGAGACGAAACGCCUCCAAGCAACCACGAAGACAGCAGAUGAACAAGGAGGUCAGGAAAUUACAGCGCGCGCAGUCAGUUUUUUGA